AUGGAGCGCCCGGAGCCCGAGCUGAUCCGGCAGAGCUGGCGGGCGGUGAGCCGCAGCCCGCUGGAGCAUGGCACCGUCCUGUUCGCCAGGCUGUUUGACCUGGAGCCAGACCUGCUGCCCCUCUUCCAGUACAACUGCCGCCAGUUCUCCAGCCCAGAGGACUGCUUGUCUUCCCCCGAGUUCCUGGACCAUAUCAGGAAGGUGAUGCUGGUGAUCGAUGCUGCAGUGACCAACGUGGAGGACCUGUCCUCCCUGGAGGAGUAUCUGGCCGGCUUGGGCCGGAAGCACCGGGCAGUGGGCGUGAAGCUCAGCUCCUUCUCGACGGUGGGUGAAUCCCUGCUCUACAUGCUGGAGAAGUGCCUGGGCCCUGCCUUCACACCCGCCACGCGGGCUGCCUGGAGCCAGCUCUACGGGGCCGUGGUGCAGGCCAUGAGUCGGGGCUGGGGUGGCGAGUAA